AUGCAGACUGUUUCUGCCACGCCCACGUCUCCGCAUGGCGCGACUGUCAAGGACUCUACUUGCAAGACCCUCGAUACGGUCAAAGGCCUUACACGAUUUGAAAAGGAUGUUGACGAAACAAUCUCUUCCUAUUUUGAGGACGUUGUAAAACGACUGAGACCGACGCUUCUGGAAACCUUACGCAACUCCAAGAAAAAUUUUCGGCCAAUUGCCAUACGUCUACUUGUCUUAGGGGAGGACGAAUGUUCGGCUAAACCCUGUAUCGUUGUGUUUUGCCCAGAUCGUGUAAGCGAUUUGGUCGAUAACUACUUCCGGAGAGACACUCCCAAACGACUCUGUCAACCCGGCAAGGCUGGUCCGGCGUCUUUUGACGUAAUCGUUGAAGGUGAUGUGAACUCGAAGACGUCUCUUCAUCCUCGGUCUAUAUCCAUCUGUACUGGCCGCUCUGCCAAUGAUGCUCGAAGAUUUAGGAAUACCCAUCUUAAGGUCAACGGAAUCCAUGGAACUCGAUACGCUACGAUGGGCGGCUACAUAGUGGUAAUCGGCAAGAAUGACGACCUCUCGAUGUAUGGUUUGACUGCUGGACAUGCCAUUGUUCACGACGUUUUCGAAGAAGAAAUCCAGAGCGAGGAGACCAACCAAGCACCUAAUACAGAGCGAGUUCUUUUUCCUACCCUCACCACGACUGCUCCUCCACAGGUGUCGGAUUCAGACCAGAGCCGAAAGAUGCAUACCACUUCAUACAACUUGACCACUAAGUCUCAGGAGGUGAUUGAGUGGUCAGGUACUGCAAAAGUCAUACCAGAGUCCUUUUCCACUGAAGCAUGCGAUCGAGAUUGGGCUUUGUUUGAAGCAACGCCGGACCAACCCAGUAACGGAAUUCAACAAGACCAACUCUUCGAAAGUUAUGACCUAGGCGAACCUAGAAUGGGCACUUUGUGGAUAGACGAUGGAGUAGAGAUGAGCCUUCAACCCCCAUUUAUUGGAAAGCUUUCUCGUCUACCUUCGUUCGCAAUACUGUCCUACGGGAACGAUCUCGUGCGGGUUCACACGAUCACAAUGCGCAAUGCUCGCGGCGUACCAGCAGGCAGCUCAGGUACCUGGGUCACUGCGGAAACGACGGAGUCAUCUAGUGACACUCGACACCAAGGCUCGACAACAAGUGAUUCAUAUUACCAGCCCAGCAGGAACGUAACAGUUUUCGGGCAAGUCGUCGCAGAUGACUCUUUGGGGGAUGUUUACAUGGUGCCUCUUUGCGACAUUCUCGAAGACGUCAAGCAACUUUUCAACGCUCGGGAGGCAAGAUUGCCAGAAAGCAAUUCGGAAGUAGACAGCAUCCUGCGCAGGGGUAACAAUAGCCCUGGAGCUAUGAGAGAUGAUAUCGCAGCAGCAGGUUUACUAGAGAACGAAGCCGGAGCCACACUCGGCCACUCUGAAACAGCAUUUUGCUCACGAUGCGGUUCUGACAAGCACACAAGAGAGAUUUGCGGGGUAGAUGAUCCUGCCAACAACCGUGGAGAGGAACUCAAAGCAGUUAUGGUACCUGUAGAGGUUGCAUCACAUGACCCAAAUGAGAAAUGGCGCGGUAGUGGUAAGCGUUUCACAACAUUCAUCGCAACGAACAAGAAUCUUCGUGUUCUUCUCAUAAUACAAACUAUCAUGCCUCCCAAAAGACGUAAUGACGUCCCGCCGACGUCGGUGCCAGAUUCCAAAAGGCGGGUUACGCGAUCGUCAAUGACAGCUGAUGCAACAACAUUAUCCAACCAGGCGAACGUCGCAGCGGAUCCAAAAGCUGAGACCACGAUUUCAAGAUCUACAUCACAAGCAAAGAGGGCCGCGAAGAUUGCGCCAAGACCCAAGCCAACCAAGUCAGAUAAGGUAGAUGUCACAACCAAGGGCUCAACUCCAUCCAACGUCACGGCCCGAACCAUCACACAUGAACUAGUCAAGAAACCAAUCCAAUGCCAUCAGUACACGCCGUCCUCUUCAAAUUCCUCGCCAACCUUGAUCUUCACCCAUGGCGCAGGCGGCACGCUCUCUGCCGACGCAGUAGUAAACUUCUCCACCGGCUUCUCCGAGUAUCUCCCCGUCCUCGCAUUCCAAGGCUCCAUGAACUUAAAGGCGCGAACCAAAGGCUUUCACGCAUGCAUCGAAGAAACCCACUCUAGCCAAAAAACCACGCAAAAGAGGAAAUCAAAAGAGCAGAUUAAGAGAAAGAGGAUGUUGUUAGGUGGAAGAAGCAUGGGCGCCCGAGCCGCCGUCAUCGCCGCCAGCGAACACCUAGCCGAGCAAGACCACGAACAAGAGGAUAUGAGUAUACAGCUUAUCCUCGUAUCGUACCCACUUCAAGGUCCUAAAGAUGAUUUGCGGGAUCAGAUCUUGCUCGACUUACCUGAGAGUAUCGGCGUAUUGUUCAUCAUCGGCGACAAAGACGCCAUGUGUCCACUCGAUCUAUUGAACGAGACUAGAAGCAAAAUGGUAGCGAAAUCGCAGGUCGUUGUUGUAAGAGAUGCAGAUCAUGGUAUGAACAUUAAGCCUGCCAGCGCUACGAAGGAAGUUGGUGAAUCGACCGGACGGGUGGCUGCGUGGUGGGUGGAGGGAGAUUUGAAGGGGGAUGUACAAUAUAUCGGAAAACAAGAGGAGUGA